AUGGAAGUUUGGAUAAGGGAUGGAUAUGCAAAGAUUACUGCAAAUAUGAAAUUUCUGAAUGCGACAGAAAACAAGUUUAUUAUAAGCACAAAGUUAACAGUUGAAGGGCCACUUAGAAUAAAAGAAGAAUAUAUAGAAGGAGUCCUUGAAACUCCAACAGUUGAUGAAGGGACAAUUCCAGAACAACUAAAAGGGGCUUUAACUCAAGCACUUAACACCAUGCAACAACUUCCAUCUCCAAUUAAAGAGGUUGUUUCUGGUGGAUUAAGACUUCCCCUAAAUGGGGCUUUUCAGAGGAUGCUUAUGAUUUCUUAUCUUGAUGAAGAGAUUCUAAUAUUAAGAGACACAAGUGGGGUCCCGGAAGUUCUUACGAGAUUGGAUGUGGAUCAAUCUCCUAUUGAUCCUAUUCAAGAGUAUGAGAGUUGACCGAGUCAACAUAAAUAAUGCAAGGA